AUGGCGGAGCACGUUGAAAGCCUCACGUUCGAGCAUGCGAAAUGGACAGACGUGGAGCGCUGGUCGGUGCUCAAGUGCACCAAGCCUGCUGACGUCAGCAGCUCGCUCCUGGGCGUGCGCGAUCAGAAGGAGAACCGAUGUGGCACGUGCGGCAAGCCCGCAAUGACGUGUACAGGUCAUUUCGGGCACAUUUUCUUUGAGAUGCCGCUGUACCACCCGCUGCUGCGCCCUCUGCUCGUCUCCACCCUCAACUCCUUCUGCCUCGCCUGCGGCAAGGGCUGCUCCUCCUCCUCCCUCCGCCACUCACCCUCCCAAGCCCAGCUGGUCUCUGGCUCUCAUUCAGCAGCAAAAGGGAGAGCGAGCCAAGGAGCAGUGAAGAAGCGUCAUCGGGGGACCGAAGGGGAGGAGAGGAGGAGGAAAGGGAGAGUGCGGGAGGGGGGAAAUAGGGAGAAGGGGAAAGAGAAGAGCUACGACGUUCAGGCAGGAUCCGAGGAGGUAGAGAGGGAGAAGGAUGAGGGGGCUGGGCUUGCUGCUGCAAGGGAGAAUGCGCAGCAAGCAGGGGGAGAGGGGGGUGUGGAGGGCGUGGGAGGAGGGGGUGAGGCGGCAGGCGAUGCAGGAGGAGAGGAGAAUGCGGGAAACGAACGGGAAGGGAUGAGAAAUCAUGGAGUGGUGUCCCUUGUGGACUCUGACUCUCAAAGCGAGGAUGAUGAUGAUGAUGAUGAUGGGGAUGAUGCAGUUGGGUCGACGCAGAGGCUGAUCAAGGGAAAUGAUGCAGAUGACAAUGACAAGGACAUGCCACUUGCCUUCCGCAGCAAGUGCCGAUCAGCUGGCUUCAUUGGUCCGGGCGCCAGGCGAAUGCUGGCAACUCUUUCAGACGACGACAAUGAUGAGAAUGAUAAGAAUGAUGGUGACGACAGUGGCGCUGGUCAACCGGAGGAGGGUCAACAGGGGUGGGGUCAACCAGAGAGGGGUCAACAGGAAAGGGGUCAACAACAGGAGAAAGGGAUGGGGGUGGAGGGUUCUCAUGCCUCUGGCAGUGGGGAUGACGUGGUGGAGGUUUCUGGUGGUGAGCCUGUCUCUGGUGGUAAGAGUGUUUCCACCUCAAGAGGGUGUGGAGGCAGGAGGGGGGGGAAGAGCCCAAAGAAAAUCCCAAAGAAGAGCCCCAAGAAAGGGUUCAAGGGGAGUGAGGAGCAGAGGAGGAUGUGGCGGGAGUGUUGGAGAAUGCGGAUGCAACGGGCAAGGGAGGGAGUGCAAGCGGGGGGAGAGGUGGGGCGGGCAGAAACGGGGUCUGAAAACUUUGACGACGUGGGGCGUGCAGGAGCGUAUCGGUACAGCAUGCGACCGAGAGAGGCCCUGCACCGGCCGGCCGUUGUGGUUGAGGAUGAGAGGCGGGCGGCGGAAAUGAGGGAGAAACUGGCUACUGAGGGGAAGAAGAGUCCGAAGAAGAGGAGGAAAGGGGAUGGGCGGAAGUGGGGAGGGCGAGGGAGAGGAAGGGGGAAGAGGGAGGAUGGUGUUUGGGGUGAUGGUGGUGAGGUGGAGGGGGGAGGGGAGGAGGGGGGUGGGUCUAGCGAGAGUGAGAGUGAGGAAGAGGAGGAGAAGGAGGGAGGUAAGGAGCAGGAGGAGGGGGAGGGGGAAGAGGAGGACGAGGAGGAUGAGAGGCGGAUGGAGGAGGAACAGCAGAGGCUGGAAGUGCAGGCGAGGGAGUUGGAGAGGAGAAGGGUUGGGGAAAGAAGGGUGAAUGGUGGGGCGGAUGGGGAGGCAGGAGAAGAUGGGGACGAGGAGGGUGAUGAAGAUGGUGGUGGGGGUGAGGAGGGAUGGGAGGAUGCGGGGGAUGCAGCUGCAGCGAGAGAGGCGGAGGAGGAGGAGAGGAGAGAGGAGGGAACAGAGGGAGCAGGGAGGGCAGGGGAGGAGGGAGGAAGGGAGGAGGGGGCGGAGGAGGAAGAGGAGGAAGAGGAAGAAGAGGAAGAGGACGAGGAGUUAGAGAGUGACCUGCUCAAGCAUAGUCGGAUACAGGAGUCUUUGGAGUUUGAGGCGAAAGGGGGAGGUGGGAUUGGCAGGGGAGAUGCCGUGGGUGAGGGUGAGGGAUGGGAGGAGGUGGGGGAGAAGCGGAAGGGGAAGGGGGCGGUUGGGAGGACGGGCAAAUUCAAGAGGAGACGGGGCGAGAAGGGCUACAGCGCAGAGGGAGCAGUGGAUGGGAGCAAGGAGAGGAGAAAGGGGGAUGUGGAGAAUGAGAAAAAGAAGCCCUUCGAGGAUGAAUGUGUAUGGUGCCAGCGUCGCUCCUGGUACCAAGUGAUGGACGCCUGGGGCAAGGAGGGCGGAGCUUAUGCAACAGCAUCAACACCAGCAGCAGCCUACUUUGCCUUCCUACUCUCCCCUCCCCUUCCCCUCCUCUCUCGUCGCUCCUGGUACCAAGUGGUGGACGCCUGGGGCAAGGACAGCGGCACUCAUACAGCAGCAGCAGAUGCGACUACCAACAGCUUUCUCUGGCUGCGGCCCUGCAGGCAGGACAAGCUGCUUCUGGGGCUCUGGGCCCUGCUGGCCCAGGAGGGCCUAGGAGGAGGAGGAGGAGGAGGAGGAGAGAUGGGGGUGGGGGGGAAGGGAGGGGAUGGGGAGAUCAAGGACUGCCCUCCACUCGAGAUGGCGCCCUUCUGGGCUAAAAUAGUCCUACAAAAGGCCCUUCAUACCAACGGGGCCGUGGAAGGAGGGCAGGAGAGGGACGAUGAGAGAACAGCAGCGAGGAGCAGAGACAGGACAAGGCAACAGCAAGGGAAGCACAUGGGAAGGGAAAGGGCGGGGAAGGGGCAGCAGAGGGGUGUGGUGGGUGCGGUGGUGGAGGUGGGGGUGGGGCAGGGCGCGUGUGUGCCGCUGGUGAGGGCGCUGCAGGUGUGCCUUGAGUCUGGCAUCGUGGGUGCGUGGCCUGUUCCCCCACACCACCUGCGCCUGUCUGAGAACGCUGACGAUGAGAAGCAGGAGGUGAGUGAAAUUGGAUGGGCGGAGAGACGUAGGGGAAGGAUAGGGCAGGGGAGAAGCAGAAGGCAGGGCGGGAGUGUGCCGCCUCACCACCUGCGCCUGUCGGAGAAUGCUGAGGAUGAGAAACAGGAGGACUAUCUGUCAGUGAGGCUGAGGGCGAUGGUUCGUUUGAAUGCAGAGAUUGGGGCACUGGACUACCUGUCAGUGAGACUGAGGGCGAUGGUGCGGCUGAACGCAGAGAUAGGAGCUCUGGUGCAUGGCAAGAGCAGGCGGCGGUGGGAGCAGUUCAAAACCCCCCCCCACCCUCCCGGCCCCCCUUUUCCCCCCCUCAUCCCAUCCCCCCCGCAGGACUACUUGUCAUUGAGACUGAGGGCAAUGGGGCGGCUGAAUGCAGAGAUAGGGGCUCUGGACUAUCUGUCAGUGAGGCUGAGGGCGAUGGUGCGUCUGAACGCAGAGAUAGGGGCACUUGUGCAUGGCAAGGGCAAGCACCGGCGGGAGCAGUUUGGCGGGGCGGAGGGGGACGGGGGAGGCAUUGCGGUGCGCUUGCAUCUGGCGUUCGGCCGGCUGAAGAAGCUGCAGGUGGAGCUGCAGCACUACUUCGUGCGCCCCCCCAACCAGUACCAGGUGCAGACCCCCCCCCCUUUCUCCUGUACAGUACAAAGUGCGUCCCCCCUUCCCUCCCCAUUACACGGUGCGGAAGGGGACGAGGGGGGUGGCAUGGCGGUGCGGUUGCAUCUGGCGUUCUGCCGGCUGAAGAAGCUGCAGGCCAUCCUGCACGAGGCAGGGCUGGGCAUAGAGCAGCGGUUCAAGGGCCACAGCACCUCCUCCUCUGCCGUUCUGCACGAGGCAGGGCUGGGCAUAGAGCAGCGCUUCAAGGGCCACAGCACCUCCUCCUCUGCUCGCUCAAAGGGAUUCAUUCGCGACGCCAUCCUCGGCAAGCGCUCCGACUCCUCUGCCCGCGCCGUCAUCGCACCGGACCCCUCCCUCGCUCUGCACGAGAUCGGGGUCCCUGACUCCAUCGCUGCUGGCCUCUUCGUUCAGGAGCCUGUGUCUCAUCUCAACCUCGACUUCCUCCAAGCCUGUGUGGACGCUGGGCCAUGCCCGCUGCCUCUCCCACCACCUCUGGACACCGGAGGAGAAGGGGACGCCUGUGGUGGUGGCAGCGGUGGUGCUGCUGCUGGUUGGACUUCUGGGGGUGGGUGGGGAGCUGAUGCGCCUGCUGGUGAGGGUGCAUGGGGCACUCAUGGUGAUGCUGCUGCUGCUGCAGGUGGUACUGGAGGGGGUGGGUGGGGAGCUGAUGCGCCUGCUGGUGAGGGUGCAUGGGGCACUCAUGGUGAUGCUGCUGCUGCUGCAGGUGGUACUGGAGGGGGUGGGUGGGGAGCUGAUGCGCCUGCUGGUGAGGGUGAUGUGGGUGCAUGGGGCACAGAUGCUACUGCUGCUGCUGGGAGGGGUGGUGAUGAUGCUGCUGCUGAAAGGGGUGGUGCUGGUGGGAGUGGGUGGGGAGCUGAUGCUGCUGCAUGUGGGGGUGAGGGUGGUGCAUGGGGCACGGAUGCGUCUACACCUGGUGGCAGGGAUGGUGACGCUGCUGCUGCAGGUGAUGCUGCUGCUGCAGGUGGUGCUGGUGGGAGUGGGUGGGGUGCUGAUGCUUCUGCUGGUGCAGGAGAUGGGGGUGCAUGGGGCACGGAUGCUGCUACUCCUGAUGGUGCUGCUGCUGUUGCUGGUACUGGUGAGGAUGGGUGGGGUGCUGAGGCUACUGCCGACGAGAUAGAGGAGGAGAAGAAAGAAGGUGGGAAGAACGAGGGGGAGAGGAGUGAGGAGAGGGGAGGUGAACCAGUGCAAGGGGGAUGGGGAGAAGGGGAGAAAGAGGAGGAGACGAAGCGAGAGGCAGAGGGAGCGAUGCAGGGUGGAUGGGGAGAGGGCGAAGAGAAAGAGGUGGCUGAGGAGGAGAAGAAGAAGGGAGAGGUGGCAGAGAAAGGGGUAUGGGGAGAGAGGGAGUCGGGGGACGCAGAUGGAAAGAAGCCUGGAGAUGAGGGGGUAAAUGGAUGGAGUGCUGAUGCUGAUGCUGCUGCCAUACCUCCUACACCGUCCCCUUCGUCCGAUCGCCGCCCUCCCCGCCCACCCAACCACGUCCUGCCACCUGUCGGCGCGUUUAGCGUUCUCAUUGGCUCUGAUCCUGCUGGAGGGGCGAUUGGAGGAAUCACAGGAGGAGCAUCGGCCAAUGGUGGCACGCCAGAGUGGACCAAGGUGACUCUGAGCCGAUGGGUGGAUCGUGGCUUGAGCCUGCAGGUGGGAACCGGGCCAGUCUCAGGUGUACCUACCCCAGGCGCACCUUCUGCAUCAGAGCGGGCAUCUGCUGCCCUCGCAGCAUAUGUGAGGUCUGCCCUGCUUGCUGGCAUUGCAUCCACUGCUCCUGCUGCUGACGCUGGUGGUGGUGGUGGUGGUGGUGACGGUGGGGAUGGUGGUGGUGGGGGGAGGGUGGUGGGGAUGACGGUGCUGCGCCACGUGGCGGAUGGAGAUUGGCUGCUGCUCAACCGUACACCAUCGCUGCACAAGCAGAACCUCAUGGCGUUCCGGGUGCGCCGCGUGCCGGCUGCUGUCUCCGCCAAUGCGCUCCUGCUCAAUCCCCAGGUGUGUGCCGCCAUAGCAGGGGACUUCGAUGGAGACGAGGUGAAUGUGUUCACGGUGCAGCAGAGCUAA